AUGAUCGAUUGCGAGCAGCCGUCAAACCGCAGGUUGGGGCAUCUUCUUCACCUUUGGGAGUCAUCGCGGCUCCUGCUGCAGUCCUGUGCGGCAUAUUUGGUGCCACCUUGCUUGGGGCAAUUUCCUAUCGACGAAGUGCCCGCCGCAUAA